AGACAGACACAUAUUCUCUCUCCCUACAUAACCGAGGAGAGGCAAAUUUAUUUAUUUUAUCAUUUCUAUUAUAAAAAACGAAGAAAAAAUUUUUUAUAAAAAAAAACAAUCAGCAUCUGCAUAAGAUAAUACAUUGACUCGCCCUCCUCCCCCUCUCCUCUAGCUCUGGUCUUUCUUUAUCUGCAGCAUCCUAAUUAAUUUGUAGUGAAAGUGAGUAAGCAAUGGCGCUUAUGUUAGACAAUUGCGAGGGCAUACUGCUGUCCUUAGAUUCCCACAAAUCCUCUGUGCCGGCGCCGUUCCUCACUAAGACUUACCAGCUGGUGGACGACCCCUCCACCGACCACAUCGUCUCCUGGGGCGAAGACGACUCCACCUUCGUCGUCUGGCGGCCCCCCGAGUUCGCCCGCGACCUCCUCCCCAACUACUUCAAACACAACAACUUCUCCAGCUUCGUCCGCCAACUCAACACCUAUGGUUUUAGAAAGAUUGUGCCGGACAGAUGGGAGUUCGCCAACGAGUUCUUCAAGAAAGGAGAGAAGCACCUGCUGUGCGAGAUCCACCGCAGGAAGACGGCUCAGCCCACCCAAGUGCCCGUCGCCCACCACCUCCCCGCGCAUUCCCCCCUCGCGGGCAUCGGCGGAGGCGGCGCUGCUUUCUACCACCCCUUCUCGGGCGGCGCCCGCAUCAGCGUGUCGCCGCCCGACUCCGACGAGCAGCAGGGGUGGUGCGAUUCAUCCCCAUUAUCGUCCCCAAGAGGGGGGACGACGACGACCGUGAUCACCAAUAAUGGAUGCAGCGGGUACAGUAGCGCGGCGGUUACGGCUUUGUCGGAGGAUAACGAGAGGCUGCGGCGGAGCAACUCCAUGCUCAUGUCGGAGCUCGCCCACAUGAAGAAGCUUUACAAUGACAUUAUCUACUUCGUGCAGAACCACGUGAAGCCGGUGGCUCCCAGUAGCACUUCUGCCUACGCUUCUAAUUCAUUAUUCAUCAGCUGUAAUCCUCCAACUAGUAAUUCGUCCGCUAAUUGUUCGUUGAUGGUGCAAAAGCCUCUCAGCCAGCAGUUUAUUGGGUAUUACCAGAGUAACACAAAGCAGCAGCUUCCUCAGGCACAGGCUCAUGUGUUGAGCUCCUUCAGCUCGGCCUGCACUACAUCAAACAGUUCGUUAACCAGUAGCACCACCAUUGAAGAACCCGCCGGCGUUAAUGGAAGUGGAAGCACUAAAACGAAGCUGUUCGGGGUGCCACUCCACAGCAAGAAGAGACUACACCCGGAGUGCUACGGCUAUGCUCCGGCGCCGGCGAGCGGGGAUCAGUUAACGAACAAGCCUCGGUUGGUGAUGGACAAGGAUGAUCUGGGGCUCAAUCUCAUGCCUCCUUCCAAAUGCUAGGUUAAAUCAUUCAGAAUUGAUCUUCUUUAAAUUUAGGUUCUUCUUCAUCUCUACUUUAAAAAAAAAAAAUUUAUUUUUUUAUGUUUUUACUCUUCAUUUUUUUUUCUUUGGCCGUCUCUGGUUCGUCAAUCUCUCAACUGGGUCUGAGAGCCUGCAGCUGUUCAUGAAAUUAAUGGUGUGCGUGUGGGUGUUUGUGAUCAAUCGACUGUGUAUGUAUAUAGCUUUAUUGCCGCUGUCCCAGCUGGUGGGUUUUGGUUAAUUAGAGUGAAGAUGAAAGCAAGUUCCGUCUUCUUCUUCUUCUUCUUCUUC